UCAACGGUCACCAGGCACCUACGCCCGACCGGUGUGGACAACUGGUCGCCCCACUUCUCGCCCAGCGUGGACAACACCCCGCUGCAAAAGUCCACUCCAAUACCGCGAUAUCCAAACGACCGGUGGGAGGAGGUGUCAAACGCAGAUGCCCUGCACGUGAAUGGAGAUUGCGCGAGACCCUCGGACGACAUCACCUAUGACGUGUCGGCUGUUUUACACGCACGCAGCUCGCGACCGUCACGUCGGUCUGCUGAACCGUCGUCGCAUUCGUCGUCCAAUAGAAAUUCUUCGGCUCAUUCACUCUCUGAACAAGAGAAUUCUGCUUUGAAAUCUCUGUCUCGACGCUGGGCACAGUUGGUGAACACGGAGGAGAAUCACGGCCCGUUGGACGAAUCGUGUCCGCAGUUCUUGUCGAUGUCGUCUAUGGAAGAGAACGUGGAGGAGCCGUCAUCGACAUCAGCUUUUACGACUGCGCGUACUCGAGCUCACCCUCCGGCGCCGGACACGAACGAAACCACUUGCGACGAAUCUGCUGCCUGCCAGGGCCGCAGCUCUCGAUCGUCACGUCGAUCUGCCGAACUUCCCCGAAAUUCGACCUCUCACUCGCUGCCCGGCGACGAGAGCGCCGCGUCGCGCAAAUCGCUGUCCCGCCGCUGGGCGCAGCGGGUGAACACCGGAGAGAGUCGCGACCUGCUGGACGAAUCGCUGCCCCACUUCGUGUCGAUGUCAUCGACGGACGAGACGGCGGAGGAGCCAGCGUCGGCGCCGGAGGGCGGCGCGGGCCCGCGCAGGCUCAGCC